AUGGGACCCACGAUCGCGGAGGUCCGCUCAGCUAGGCCUUUGCGAAUGCAAAAGGCAAAACUCCAGGCCUUCGUGGAUGCAGUUGAGGCCCCACGAUUGCAAAGACCAAAUCUCCUGGCCUCCGCAAACACGAAUGCAUUCUAUGUUGAUAGCUGGUGGGGACCAACGGCUAUAUUUAUUGCAGCAGCAGUAACUGACUGGCUUGAUAUGGGAUACCUUUCCCGCAAGAUGAACUUAGGAACUGCCUUUGGUGCGUUUUUAGAUCCAGUGGUAUUCUCUAUCGUUCUUUAACGGUUCUUGUUGUGCACCAAACCUUUGGAGUCCGGUGUGUUUGGACAGCUUCCUUGGCUAUUAACUGUCCCCUCGAUUGCGAUAAUAGGCAGGGAGAUAACUAUGUCAGCUGUUCGAGAAUGGGCGGCUUCUCAGGGUGGUAAACUUUCAGAGCUAGCUGUGAAUAACCUCGGGAAAUGGAAAACAGCCACUCAGAUGAUUGCAUUGACCAUUCUCCUGCUAACCAGUUUAUCUGAAGCUGCCUCUCUUGUGGGUUCCGGUGUGAUCUUGCUAUAUAUAUCAGCGUGGCUUGCUGUGUGGUCUCUGUUCGUUUAUAUGAGAAAGAUAUGGAAAGUGUUAUUGAUGUAGUAGU